AUGGCUCAGGAGAACUGGACUGUGGUGACAGAAUUUGUUCUCGAGGGGUUCACAGACCACCCCGACCUGCAAGUUCCCCUCUUUGUGCUUUUCAUGCUCAUCUACAUCCUGACCAUGGUGGGAAACCUGGGCAUCAUUGCUGUGGUUCUGCUGGACUCCCAGCUCCACACCCCCAUGUACUUCUUUCUGGGCAACUUGUCCUUCUUGGACCUGUGCUACUCCUCAGUGGUAACCCCCGAGCUGCUGCUGACCCUCUCCUCAGGCAGGAGGACUAUUUCUUACGUGGGCUGCUUCCUACAGCUCCAUUUCUACGUGGCUUUUGCAGUUGUGGAGUGUUACCUCCUGGCCGUGAUGGCCUACGACCGCUCCCUGGCCAUCUGCCACCCCCUGCGCUACCCCCUGCUCGUGUCCCGGCAGCUCUGUGCUUCCCUCCUGGCUGGGUCCUACGUGGUUGGGUUUGUCAAUUCCUCUCUGCACGUGGGCUUUGCCCUGCAAAUGUCCUUCUGUGGCCACCGCGUGCUUGACCACUUCUUCUGUGACGGGCCACCUCUGCUCAAGCUGGCCUGCUCUGACACUCGCCUCAGCCAAGUGCUGGUGUUUGUUUUGGGGGGCUUCAACGGGGUGGCCACUGUCUCCAUCAUCCUCGUCUCCUACGGCCACAUCCUCUUCACCAUCCUGAGGAUGGGCUCUGUGUCGGGCAGGCACAGAGCUUUUGAGACCUGCGGGUCCCACCUGGUGGUCGUCACCAUCUUCUAUGGGACCCUCUUCUUCACGUACCUGCAGCCCAGCUCCAGCCACUCCCUGGGCAGGGACAAAAUCGUUUCAGUCUUCUAUGCUGUGGUGACCCCCAUGCUGAACCCCUUCAUCUACAGCCUGAGGAACCAGGAGGUGAAGAGUGCUCUGAAGAGAACCGUGAGGAGAAGGUUUCUUUGUCUGCUCCAGGGGUAA